UCCGGGCCAAUAGGCCUCCUCACCAGGCCAAGAAUACCUUGGUCCCAGGGGCCAAAGGUCAUCUCAAAUCAUACGUUGAGCACCGAGCAUACAUGGUCGCUGAAGCCCGUAAAGCUGCUGCCCAACAGGGCCGGGCCAUGGCCAAUGAGCACCGCCUGAAAACUCGGACCAAGAAUACCUUGGUCCCAAGGGCCACCGAAGGGGAUACUCCCCAAGAAGUGCCCCGUAGAGCUGCUGCCCAAAUGUUCCGGGCCAAUAGGCCUCUUCACCAGGCCAAGAAUACCUUGGUCCCAGG